CUUUACUCUUUCUUCUCCACUGUCUCUGCUCUAUUUCUCUUUCUAAAGAAAACAACCUUUGAGACCUGCAUUCUUUCUCCCCACAUACUUACAUUUCACUUCCUUUGUUUUAAUUUUCUAGGGUUUCUAAUAUUAAUAGUCUGCUUUGCCCUCAAACUCUUACUGUUGAACAAGAAUUGCAUUUUUUUUUUUAAUUUUGAUUUUUGUUUAUCCCUUUUCUUCUACCCUUUUAACCGUGGCGAGGGGUAGGAAGUUAGGGCAAGACCACAAAGUUUCUUGGUGUUCACCAUGGUGAGGGGCAGGCAUUUUUCUGCAAGACAGUAGCUUAUUUAGCUAAAUUAUUGAGAGAAAUGCCUCAAUUUUCUCUGAGAUAGAGAUGAGAGAAAUGGAAGAGGAGCAUGGCUUGAUCCUGGCAUGUGUAAUUUCGGGGACCCUUUUCUCUGUUCUGGGUGCUGCUUCUUUUGCUAUACUCUGGUUGGUCAAUUGGCGGCCUUGGCGCAUUUAUAGUUGGAUCUUUGCUAGAAAAUGGCCGGAUGUCUUGCAAGGACCUCAGUUGGGAAUAUUAUGUGGUCUUCUUUCUCUCUGUGCAUGGAUGAUUGUUAUUUCUCCCAUUGUGGUGCUUAUUGUAUGGGGAUGCUGGUUGAUAGUGAUAUUAGGGCGAGAUAUAAUCGGUCUAGCCGUUAUAAUGGCUGGAGUUGCUCUGCUUUUGGCAUUCUAUUCCAUAAUGCUCUGGUGGAGAACACAAUGGCAAAGCUCAAGGGCUGUUGCGAUUCUUCUCCUUCUAGCUGUUGGGUUGCUUUGUGCAUAUGAACUUUGUGCUGUAUAUGUUACUGCGGGUGCAAAGGCAUCUGAGCGAUAUUCACCUUCUGGCUUUUUCUUUGGCGUGUCAGCAAUUGCCCUAGCAAUAAACAUGCUAUUCAUAUGUAGGAUGGUCUUCAAUGGCAGCGGUGUAGAUAUCGAUGAAUAUGUGAGAAGGGCAUAUAAAUUUGCUUACUCUGAUUGUAUUGAGGUUGGUCCUGUUGCUUGCUUACCCGAACCACCAGAUCCCAAUGAGUUAUACCCUCAACAAUCUAGAAGGGCUUUACACCUCGGGCUUCUCUAUUUUGGUUCCCUUGUAGUUCUGCUUGUAUAUUCGAUCUUAUAUGGCCUGACAGCCAAAGAGUCACACUGGCUCGGAGCCAUCACAUCAGCUGCAGUAAUUAUUCUUGAUUGGAAUGUUGGAACAUGCCUUUAUGGAUUUAAGCUGCUUAAAAGUCGUGUUGCUGCACUUAUAGUUGCUGGGAUUUCUCGUGUCUUCCUGAUAUGUUUUGGAGUCUAUUACUGGUAUCUAGGACAUUGUAUUAGCUAUGCAGUUGUGGCAUCUGUGCUUCUUGGAGCUGCGGUUUCUCGCCAUUUGUCAGUCACUAACCCGUCCACUGCAAGAAGAGAUGCGUUGGAGAGUACAGUAAUUCGCCUCAGAGAAGGAUUCCGUAAGAAAGAGCAAUGCUCAUCCAGCUCAUCUGAAGGCUGUGGUUCAAGUGUGAAGCGUAGUAGUAGUGCAGAGGCUGGUCACCUUGGUAAUGGUACAGCACCUUGUACCGGUGAUAUUUCUAGCUGGAAUAACAUUGAAGGGAUUCACAGUGAGAAGGGGAUUGAUAGUGGACGGCCAAGUUUUGCACUACAUAGUAGUUCUUGUCGUUCUGUAGUUCAAGAGACUGAAGUUGUCGGGCCUUCAUAUGUUGAUAAAAGUUUCGAUCAUAACAACUCUUUGGUAGCUUGUUCCAGUAGUGGAAUGGAAAGCCAGGGCUGCGAGUCUAGUGGAUCUAAUUCUGCAAAUCAGGCACUGGAGUUGAAUUUGGCCCUUGCUUUCCAGGAAAAGUUGAACGAUCCAAGGAUUAAAUCUAUCUUGAAAAGAAGAUCAAGACAGGGAGAGCUUGAACUGACGAAUUUACUGCAAGACAAAGGGCUCGAUCCUAAUUUUGCUGUGAUGCUGAAGGAGAACGGAUUGGAUCCUAUGAUCCUUGCUUUGCUGCAAAGAAGUAGUUUGGAUGCAGACAGGGAUCACCGUGACAAUACUAACAUGACUGUGAUGGAUUCAAACAGUGUUGACAAUAUGCCACCUAAUCAAAUUUCGUUUUCGGAAGAGCUUAGGCUACGUGGUUUGGAGAAAUGGCUUCAACUCUGUAGACUAGUCUUGCACUACAUAGCAGGUACACCGGAGCGAUCAUGGCUUCUGUUCAGUUUUGUCUUUAGCGUGGAGACUACGGUUAUUGGCAUUUUCCGCCCGAACACAAUAAAUCUAAUAAAUGCUACACACCAGCAGUUUGAAUUUGGCAUUGCUGUACUGCUGCUAUCUCCUGUUGUUUGGUCAGUUAUGGCUUUCCUUAGAUCACUUCAAUCUGAAGAAUUGUCGAUGACUUCGAAACCUAGGAAGUAUGGCUUCAUUGCUUGGUUAGUGUGCACUUCAGUAGGGUUGUUGCUUUCCUUCUUGAGCAAGUCGUCAGUUCUUCUGGGACUGUCUUUGACAGUGCCUCUGAUGGUGGCAUGCCUAUCUGUUGGCAUUCCCAUAUGGAUUCACAAUGGCUACAAGUUUUGGGUUUCAGGGGCUAGUGACACAGGUCGUGCUGGAAGUCAUAGUUUUAUAAGGAAAGAGGGUGCUGUUCUCUUCAUUUGCAUAGCCUUAUUUGCUGGAUCUCUAUUAGCUCUUGGUGGAAUUAUAUCUGCAAAGCCUUUGAAUGAUUUACGCUACAAGGGGUGGACUGGAGAUCAGCAAACUGUUUUAUCUCCCUAUGCAUCAUCGGUGUAUCUCGGCUGGGCAAUGACUUCUGCAAUCGCACUAAUAGUUACUGGUGUACUGCCCAUAGUGUCGUGGUUUGCAACUUAUCGAUUUUCUCUCUCAUCUGCUGUUUGCAUUGGAUCGUUUGCAGCUGUACUUGUAUCAUUUUGUGGGGCAUCAUACAUUAAGGUUGUAGAAUCGAGGAGUGACCAGAUUCCAACAAAGGCCGACUUCCUUGCUGCUUUGCUUCCAUUGAUUUGCAUGCCUGCAAUAUUGUUUCUAUCUUCUGGUUUGCUAAAAUGGAGAGACGAUAACUGGAAGCUUUCUCGAGGUGCAUAUAUAUUUAUAACUAUCGGCCUAGUUCUUUUGCUGGGUGCAAUUUCAGCUGUUACAGUUACAAUUGAACCAUGGACGAUUGGUGCAUCGUUCCUUUUAGUUGUUCUCCUUCUUGUCCUUGCCAUUGGUGUCAUUCAGUACUGGGCUUCAAACAAUUUUUACUUGACACGGUUCCAGAUGUUAUUUGUUUGUUUCCUUGCACUUCUUUUGGCUUUGGCGGCGUUUUUUGUUGGUUGGGUUCAAGAUAAAGCUUUUGUUGGCGCAUCAGUUGGCUACUUCUCAUUUCUUUUCCUACUGGCUGGAAGAGCAUUAACUGUACUCCUUUCUCCUCCUAUAGUAAUUUAUUCUCCGAGGGUAUUGCCUGUAUAUGUUUAUGAUGCUCAUGCAGAUUGUGGAAAAAAUGUCAGUGCUGCAUUUCUUGUGCUUUACGGGAUUGCAUUGGCAAUUGAAGGCUGGGGUGUUGUUGCCAGUUUGAAGAUUUACCCACCUUUUGCUGGUGCUGCUGUAUCAGCUGUUACCCUUGUCGUGGCCUUUGGAUUUGCUGUAUCACGUUCUUGCUUAACUCUCGAGAUGGUGGAAGAUGCCGUUCACUUCCUUAGUAAGGAAACUAUAAUACAGGCCACUGCUAGAUCAGCAACCAAGACAAGAAAUGCUUUAUCUGGAACAUACUCUGCUCCUCAGAGGUCAGCAAGUUCAGCUGCUCUUUUGGUCGGGGAUCCUACUAUUGCACGGGAUAGAGCAGGGAACUUUGUUCUUCCUAGGGCAGAUGUCAUGAAAUUACGAGACCGUCUGAGAAACGAAGAACUGUCUGCAGGAUCAUUUUUCUCCAGAUUGAGGAGCUGGAAGUUAUUACGCAAUGAAGUUAUCAGUGAUGUAGGCCACAGGAGAGAAAUGUGUGCCCAUGCGCGAAUUCUCGCUCUCGAAGAAGCUAUCGAUACUGAAUGGGUUUACAUGUGGGAUAAGUUUGGCGGCUAUUUACUUCUUUUGCUCGGUUUGACAGCCAAAGCUGAAAGGGUCCAGGAUGAGGUUCGGUUGAGACUGUUCCUGGAUAGCAUAGGCUUUUCGGAUCUAAGUGCGAGAAAAAUCAAGAAAUGGAUGCCUGAGGACCGUAGACAAUUCGAAAUUAUACAGGAUAGUUAUAUCAGAGAGAAGGAGAUGGAAGAGGAAGCUUUAAUGCAGAGACGUGAAGAGGAAGGAAAGGGUAAAGAAAGGAGAAAAGCUCUCUUGGAGAAGGAAGAACGCAAAUGGAAGGAGAUUGAGGCCUCUCUCAUAUCAUCUAUUCCUAACGCUGGCGGCAGGGAGGCGGCAGCCAUGGCGGCUGCCGUUCGUGCUAUCGGAGGCGAUUCAGUACUCGACGAUUCAUUCGCUCGCGAGAGAGUAUCGAGCAUUGCUCGUAGAAUACGCGCAACUCAGUUAUCUCAACGUGCACUGCAGACUGGACUUGCGGGUGCUGUGUGUGUUCUUGAUGAUGAAGCCACAACAAGUGGAAGACACUGUGGUCAAAUCGAUCCUAGUUUAUGCCAGAGCCAGAAAGUCAGUUUCUCCAUAGCUGCAAUGAUUCAACCCGAGUCUGGACCAGUUUGUCUGUUGGGAACCGAAUUCGAACGAAAAGUUUGUUGGGAGAUUCUCGUGGCUGGUUCUGAACAAGGUAUCGAGGCUGGACAAGUUGGCCUCCGUUUAAUAACAAAAGGUGAUAGACAAACUACUGUUGCAAAAGAGUGGAGUAUAAGUUCAUCAAGUAUUGGAGAUGGAAGGUGGCAUAUUAUUACGAUGACUAUUGAUGCUGAAUUAGGCGAGGCAACUUGCUUCAUUGACGGUGGUUAUGACGGUUAUCAGACAGGACUUCCACUAAACGUGGGGAAUGGAAUAUGGGAACAAGGAACGGAUGUUUGGGUGGGCGUUAGACCACCCACGGAUAUCGAUGCAUUCGGAAGAUCGGACAGCGAAAAUGCCGAAUCGAAGAUGCAUGUAAUGGAUGUUUUCCUUUGGGGAAGGUGCUUGAGUGAAGACGAGAUCGCCUCUCUUCCAUCUUCAAUGGGUGCUGUAGAUUACAACUCGAUGGACCACAUUGAUGACAACUGGCAGUGGGCAGAUUCUCCUCCAAGGGUUGAGGAGUGGGACAGUGAUCCAGCAGAGGUUGAUCUCUACGAUAGAGAUGAGGUGGAUUGGGAUGGACAGUAUUCAAGUGGGAGGAAGCGAAGAUCGGAAAGAGAAGGAGUGAUCGUGGACGUUGAUUCUUUCACUAGAAGGUUGAGGAAACCUAGAAUGGACAGUCAGGACGAAAUCAAUCAACGCAUGCGCUCGGUUGAGCUUGCAGUUAAGGAAGCUCUCUUGGCAAGAGGAGAAGUACAUUUUACCGACCAAGAGUUCCCGCCAAGUGAUCGUUCCUUGUUUGUUGAUCCUGGCAACCCCCCGCCUAAGUUACAGGUUGUUUCACAAUGGAUGAGGCCGGAUGAAAUAGUCAAAGAGAAGCAUCUAAAUUGUAGUCCGUGCUUAUUUUCGGGGACAGCAAAUCCUUCUGAUGUUUGUCAGGGUCGUUUGGGGGAUUGUUGGUUUUUGAGUGCGGUUGCUGUCUUAACUGAGGUUUCACGAAUAUCUGAAGUCAUUAUUACUCCAGACUACAACGAAGAAGGAAUCUACACAGUUCGCUUUUGCAUUCAGGGGGAGUGGGUUCCAGUAGUUGUAGACGAUUGGAUCCCAUGUGAAUCACCUGGAAAACCUGCAUUUGCAACGAGCAAAAAGGGUAACGAACUAUGGGUGUCAUUACUUGAAAAGGCAUAUGCUAAACUGCAUGGAUCAUACGAAGCAUUAGAAGGUGGGCUCGUUCAAGAUGCUCUAGUGGACCUCACUGGUGGUGCAGGUGAAGAAAUUGACAUGAGAAGCGCCCAAUCCCAAAUUGAUCUUGCAAGUGGAAGACUUUGGUCUCAAUUAUUACGGUUUAAACAAGAGGGCUUUUUGCUCGGUGCUGGAAGCCCGUCUGGCUCUGACGUCCACGUUUCUUCUAGCGGAAUUGUACAAGGCCACGCUUACUCAAUAUUACAGAUACGCGAAGUGGAUGGGCAUAAACUAGUUCAGGUGAGAAAUCCAUGGGCGAACGAGGUUGAGUGGAAUGGGCCUUGGUCCGAUACAUCUCCUGAAUGGACGGACAGGAUGAAGCACAAGCUCAAGCAUACCCCACAGGCUAAAGACGGUAUAUUUUGGAUGUCAUGGCAAGAUUUUCAGAUACAUUUCAGGUCGAUAUAUGUAUGCCGUGUUUACCCACCGGAAAUGCGUUACUCUGUUCAUAGCCAGUGGCGGGGAUACAGUGCUGGCGGUUGCCAAGACUACGAAACUUGGCAUCAAAAUCCACAGUUUCGUCUGAGAGCCACCGGAGCAGAUGCAUCAUUACCUAUUCAUGUUUUCAUUACAUUAACGCAGGGUGUGAGCUUCUCGAGGACAACAGCUGGUUUUAGGAACUACCAAUCGAGCCAUGAUUCGAUGAUGUUUUACAUAGGUAUGAGGAUACUAAAGACACGUGGACAUCGUGCAGCUUACAACAUUUACAUGCACGAAUCAGUUGGUGGGACAGACUAUGUAAAUUCUCGAGAAAUAUCGUGUGAAAUGGUAUUAGAUCCUGAUCCCAAGGGGUACACUAUUGUUCCUACAACAAUCCACCCUGGCGAAGAGGCCCCCUUUGUUCUUUCCGUGUUCACCAAAUCUUCAAUAGUUCUAGAAGCUUUAUAACAUUUUGAGAUGCCUCGAGAACCGAUCCACCUAGACAGGCUGUCCCUUUUUCGGACACUCAUACAUGCUCGCCAAUCGGACGAACACAGAGUUGCUGGUGGAGUGAUUUGAUAAAGCUCCAUGUAUCGGAAUGGUGUCACCUGUAGUUGUUCUGAAGAAAGGGCCAGCGCUAUCAGUGUCGGGUUUUUGAGGGGGUUUUUGGUAAUUGUUGGGGGCAAAUUGAUGGGCGGGGGGAAACAUGUGUACAUGAGUAGUAGAUUGAUGUAAGAAUAUAUAGAGGACAAUUUGCCUUUGUAAAUGAGGGGUAAGAGGGGACAAAAAAAAGAAGUAUUUGAACUGGAUAGGUUAACAGUUAGCCAGUUAGGUAUAUACUUUUGUUGUAGAGAAUUUUACAGAAAAGCAACAUUUUUAAGCAAUUUUGAAGCCUUUCAAUGCAUAGGUGGGAUUUUCAUUUUAUAUGAAUAUAAUUUUACUUCCUCCUU